AUGGCCGCCUCCUACUACAACCCGCCGCCUCCCAGGGCCUCCUACGCUACCCUGCCCCCUCCCCCGCCGGGCACCUCCUCGUACGGCACGUACCGCCAGCACGAGCACGCCUACCUCGCGGCGCACCCUCCGCCCGCGUACGGCGGCUACUUCGACCGCGCGGAGCCCCUGGCGCCGCCGCGCGACGAGCUGCGCACCCUCUUCAUCGCCGGCCUCCCCGCCGACGUCAAGCCGCGCGAGGUCUACAACCUCUUCCGCGACUUCCCCGGCUACGUCUCCUCCCACGUCCGCUCCGGCAAAUCCACCCAGUCGUAUGCGUUUGCUGUGUUUGCAGAUCAGCCGUCUGCGCUAGCUGCAAUGAGUGCCACAAAUGGAUUGAUAUUUGACCUUGAGAAGAACUGUUCUAUCCAUGUAGAUCUUGCAAAAUCUAAUUCAAGAUCAAACUCAUCAAAGCGCCCCAGAUCAGAUUAUGAGGAUUUCCCUAAAUCUACUGGGAAAAAAGCUAGAAGUCCAAGGGGACGUCCUGAUUCAGGUGCUGGAAGCAAUAUUCACAUGUCCGGAAUGGGUAAUUCUUCACACAGCUUGAAUGGUUAUCCUGCACAAAGUUAUAUGGAUUUUGGUUCUAGUGCCGCUUUCAGCAAGGAUCCAGCAAUAUUUGCUCCUCAAAAUAAUCCACCAUGCCCUACCCUUUUUGUUGCAAAUCUUGGUCAGACUGUUUCUGAUCAUGAGCUGACUGAUGUUUUCUCAAGUUAUGAGGGAUUCAUAAAGCUGAAGAUGCAAAACAAGUUCGGAGCACCAGUUGCAUUUGUUGAUUUCAAGGACGAUCGCAGUUCAACUGAAGCCCUGAAUCGUCUCCAAGGUGCUAUUCUACAAUCAUCAUCUGGCGAGGGCAUGCGUUUAGAAUACGCUAAAUCUCGGAUGGGUCUGCGCAAGCAGCGUGACAACCGGUCCUAA